AUGGCUACUGAGCACAAUCCUGAUCACGUCAUGACGGAGGAGCAGAUCCCCGUGGGAGAUGACACGCUUGGCGAACUCGGAGACGAGUUCCUCGAGGAUCUUCCUGAUGGCGCCCUUCCCGAUCUCCAUGACGGAGCUGCGACUUCCGCUCCUGCCAGUGCUCAGUUGACCUCGACGGGUGAACCCGCCGCGAAAACGCUGUGCAGUGAGGGGCAACCCUCGGCUGCUGGUGCUUCUGGCGUCGCCUCGGCGCCUCACUCGGCGCCUCUUCCGAUUCCCCGCGCAAGCUCCUCCGGUAGCUCUGCUGCCACGGGCCCCACUCCUGACCGCGCGCCUGCUCCCUCCGCGCCUCGUCCGGCGCCUGUUUCCCGUUCUCGGCCUGCACCGCCGGAACCCGAACCUGAGCCUGCUGCUGCUGGGAUGGCCACGGGCCUGGCUCCCAACGCCCGCUAUCGGAAUCUUCGUCGCCACCGUACGACGGUCGGAACGGUCCUGCAGGCGAUGACUCGCAACACGCAGUCGCUGGUCGACAUAAUCUCUCCCGAGUCCCUGGCGGAGGAGGUUCGUGCUGCUGUUCUCGCGCGUAUCUCCUCUCUCAUCAAUGGUCAGGCCUUCAAUGGUGUCAUUCCCUCGUUUGAAGCUGCUGCUGGUGAGGCCCUGCGGCUUCCGCGCCGCACCUAUUCCAAGCAUUCUUGCUCCUGGCCCUCAGCCAAUGAUGCCCGUAUUUUCCGCAGUCUGUUUCCGAUUACCGUGCGUCUGUCUAACAACCGUGCUAUGGAGGUCAAGGUUUUCACUGAUCCCAACGAAGAGUUCACGACCGCCCGCGCCAGGGGCGAUACCCAUCUGGUCCUCCGUAACGUGCCUCUGGGGUACUCUCCUGAUCGCCUCCGCAGCACCCUCCUGGCGGGCAGGACCGACUCCGGCUUGGCCUGGCUGGCCGACCUCCGCCUGUUCCACCGCCUCAAGGACCCGUACGACGAGUCUGCGUACUCUCAGCUGCUCGGCCUUCCCGUCGCGACGGAUGGCGACGCUGGUUUCGACCGCAUCCCGGCGGUUCUCUGGCUCCCCCAGCAGGAGGACCCUGUGCUUCUCAACAUCUCGUCCCAUUCGUGCACCGUGUGCACCAGUAACCACCGAGUGGCUGACCACGCGUGCUUUGCCCUCACCCGCCGCGCGCGACUCCUUAACCGCCACACCAUCUCGGUGGCCCAGCUUCAAGCUGUUAACGGGCGAUUGAUUGGCCAGCAGCCGGCCCCCGUUGCCUUCAAGAAGGACCCCGGGCUCCUCCUGAUUGGGGUCGACCUGGACGUGGAGGUUUGGACGUGUUCUAUGUGCGAGUUCGAGUGUGGCUUGGCGCUGGACAGCGCCAUGUACCACCUCAAUUCCGAGCUCCACCGCAAGCACCUGCAGGAAUCCGCACACCUGCCUGCGACAAAGGACAAGUACGGUGCCUGGAGGGUCACCACUCUCCUGCAGCACCCGCGCAUCGCUGCGUUCCUGCAGUAG